AUGGUGAAGAGUACAACUAAACUGCCUAAAUCACAUACUUCUACAUGCGCAAGACAAUGUACAGAAACGAAAAAAUUUGGAUACGAAACCGGAAAGACAUAUGACUAUGAGUACACAUCAAAGGUGUCAACGACAAUACAAGGGGCUUCCGAAGAUAAAGCGGAAAUUGACAUGGCUGCAAAAGUUCACAUCGAGGUUCAGUCAAAAUGCGAUCUAGUGCUUAAGGUUUCUGAUGUUGUACUUACUGAAUCAGACCCUAAAUCACCAAACACAAAACGCAAUGCCGAUGUCACUGGCGAAUUCAAGAAAAGUCUUGAACAGAAUCCAUUGAUGUUUUCCUUCCAAGAUGGCCGUGUUGAUGAACUAUGCCCUUCUAACGACGAACAGACAUGGGCUCUUAAUAUCAAACGUGCAAUCAUCUCUGCUUUCCAGAACUCUAUGGAUGACUUCAGUCAAGAACAGAAAACCAAAGAGAUGGAUGUAACCGGAAGUUGUGAUGUAAAUUACUCUUUGGCUUCCAAUGGGUGGUACACAAUGACAAUUAAAAAGACAAAAGACACAUUAGGAUGUGUAGAUCGUCAUGGUUACAAAACGGCCAUGCAAGGAACACCAUAUAGGGUUCCAUCAGAAAUCCAGUCAAUGCCAUUGGUUAAAAGCACACACGAAUGUCAGCAGGGAAUCAGUAAAACUGGUAUCCUUCAGAGCAGCAGUUGUGAGGAACAACAUGUUCUCCGACCAUUCUCCAGGGAAUCCAGUGGAGCUGUUACAGAAACUAAACAGACUUUGAAAUAUAUUUCGGAGAGUCAAAGCAGAUCUACAAAAGGUAAAAUUGAAAGAACAGAAACUAUUCAUAUAUGCAUCGUGAAUCAAAAGAACAAUUAGCAGGAUCUGCUUACCCUUCUGGAGCACCUGAGACGAGUUUUGGUAUUCGGCUCUCGUUUAGGACUUAUAGUCUGCAAACAGCUUCCAAAUAUUAACGUUCAAAGAUCUUUUUUUAACAAUAAUAUUAUAGUAAAGAAAAAUUAAAUACUAGAGUUUAUACUUUUAAUUCAUGGCAUGUUAACUACGUUAAGACAAAGUUGACCUUAAAUAAAUAGAGAAUAUCAUAUGGCUUUUUCAAUAUCACAUCCGUAUCAACCCGAGACACCAAUAUAAUCCCAAGAGCUCUGCUCGAGGGAUUAUAUUGGUUGAGGGUUGAUACGGUGUGUGAUAUUGAAAAAGCCAUAUCAUAUACACUUUAUUAUAUACAUAUACCUCACGUAGAUGUUUUUUAUGUGACACGACGUCAUACAGAUAAGGUUUGAAAUGACGUCAUACAGAUUAGGGGUUUGAUAAAGCCUUUGCAACAGUGAAUGCAAUCGAUGACGUAACGUCAUGCAGAUUAAAG